UCACGUGACCCGGCCCCAUCGCCGGGCCGUAAAGGGGCCGAGCCCUAGAUGAAGGGGAUCACUCUAAAGCCGAGAUUAGGCGAGAGAGGAGCUGGUUAAGGCGCGAUAGGAGAGCUGGUUCAAGAAACACAGGGAGGGGGAAAAAAUAAAGAGAAGAGCUAUCAGGCAAUCCGAGAUAAGAGCCGCCAAGGCUGGCCCGUGCUUCUCUUCAAAGGACUGACUGCUGGGUCUGAGGGGUGGGGGUGACUGGGAACCGGCAUCUUUUCCCCCUCCCCCUCCUUUUGAGUUGUGUUUUUUUUUCCCCUUUUGGAUUUUUUGAAAUAUCCUUAAAUUUUUUUUGACCGUCCGACCCGCCUCGUCAUGCGAACGUCCGCUUCUUGACUGUAGCAACAGCGUGCUUGAAAAGCUUCCUCAGGUGCAUUGACUCAAGAGGAUUAGCCCAGCUCUUCAUGUCCCACUUUCGGCCUUGGACAUCCAACUUCUUGGCCGCCCUUGAUUGCACCCCGGAGGCUGCAGCUCUGCCUUUCCAGCUGCUGUUGUGACGGAUAUAAAAUGUACCAAAGCUUAGCUCUUGCCCCCAAUCCUGGCCAAUCCGCCUAUUCCCACGAUUCCAGCAACUUCCUGCACUCGCCAGCCAGCCCAGCAGUCUAUGUGCCCACCAGCCGGGUCCCGUCUAUGCUCCAGAGCCUGCCUUACCUGCAGAGUUGUGAACCUUCCCACCAGGGCCACCCUUUGAGCAGCCACCCAGGAUGGGCCCAGCCGGCCGGCCCAGAAGCAUCCCCCUUCAACGCUAGCAGUCCUCAUCCACCCUCUGGCUUCUCUUAUUCUCACAGCCCACCGGGCAGUAGCAGUGCUGGGCGUGAUGGAGGUUACCAGAGCCCACUUUUAUUGGGCACCGGGGGUCGUGAUCAAUAUGGCAACACUCUGGUGCGUCCAGUCAACGGAUCCUACUCAAGCCCUUAUCCUGGUGCUUAUGUCAGUCCUGCAGAGAUGCCACCAUCUUGGACAACGGGACACUUUGACAGUAGAGUCUUGCAUAGCCUCCAGACGCAACCGGGGACCUUGUCUGGCCGGAGAUCCACCUUUGAAUUUUUGGAAGAAUUCCCUGGAGAUGGAAGAGAAUGUGUUAACUGUGGCGCUAUGUCCACCCCACUGUGGAGAAAAGAUGGAACAGGACACUACCUGUGUAAUGCCUGUGGUCUCUAUCACAAAAUGAACGGCAUUAACCGGCCACUCAUCAAGCCACAGAAAAGAUUGGUACCAAGGCCUCUGGCAAUGAAAAAGGAAAGCAUCCAGACAAGGAAGAGGAAACCAAAAAAUAUCAACAAAGGCAAAUCCUCAACAGGGUCUGCAACUUCAACCACUAAUUCACCUUCUUCCAUUACCAAUUCUGAAAGCACCGUCACUUUAAAAACGGAACCCGCUGUAACUGCGCAGUACGUGGGGCAGCCAAUAGUCUCUGCUUCCCAGGGUCCAAGCCCGUCUGAAGAAGUGUUGGCCGACAGCCAUACCCAGUUCAAGUACGAGCCGGAGGAUUACCCCUUCUCUUCGCCCUCCAUGCCCCAGCCCUCAGGACUCAGUGUUCCCCUUCGCCAAGACUCGUGGUGUGCAUUGGCACUGGCCUAGGGACCCAGCCUUCCAUGUUGGAAUCAAACACUAGAGAACCACCUUGGAUUGUCACAACGUUGGUGGACCACAAGAGAAAGGACCUCCCUGGCUUAGUACUUUGGAUCAGAGGCUUCCUGUAAUCAACACAGUUCUAUGUUUCUAAAGACUGGUUUCUACUGUUAUUAUGGAGGAUGCUUCCUUUGAAUGGCAACAGAGGAUGGUCAGUCGCAUUCUUCUUGAUGCAUCUGAUUCUUUGGGUAUUUUGGUUCUCUGCCAACUUUUUACUCUUACCAAUCAAAAGCAAGGGUAAACGGGGGUCUCUGAUCUCUCCAUUCCCUGUGAUCCAUCCAAACAAAAUAAAUCCAGAAUCUUGUCUUUUGAUCGUAGUGAUUUUCCUCCCUUUCCCCCAUCUCUUUUUAUGACCUCCUUGUGUGCAAUUUUACUACACUUCCCAAUAAAGACUAUGAUAGAAUGUGGCACCUGUCACUUAAUUUUAUUGAAAUGUAAAUACUUUAUGCUUUUCAAAUGUUUAUUGGUAAUGAGAAGGAGUGGGGAAAUCCCCACCCCACCCCUGUUUUAAACUUUCAACACUCCUUGUUUUACAUUAAAAGCAAUCGUGGUAAGA